AUGGCGUGCCUUGCUGAUACCGCAUAUGCUGAUUGGCCAACAGUUCGGCACACCGAAGUGGUUACAUUAGGCUGCUUCACAUCUAGAGUUCACCUUGUACACCUGGCUGAUAAUCCUGAAACUCGACUGGUUAUUAAAUACCUUUCCAGUGACCCGGAAAAGGGAAAUAUAUGGAAAGAGAUGAACAUUUUGAAGACGCAGCAGCUUCAUCCUUCUAUACUUCCUAUCGAUCGUCUUAUACUGGACAACGACAGUAACAUCGUUGGGAUGGCAACUAAAUUCGUCCCCGGUGGAAGUCUUAAUCACAAUAAAGACCGAACCUUCAAGUUGAAGUGGCUUAAGCAGCUUACCGAAGCUCUAGAUUUUCUUCACUUCGAUCAAGGCAUUGUCCAUGGCGACCUCCACAUGGGUAAUAUACUGAUCGACGAAGCCGCUGACAGACUUAUGUUGUGCGACUUUAGUAUGGCCAGAGAGGCUACGGAGAGGGACCUGAUGGAAGAAUUUUGUAGUGUUACGUGGACUCUCUACGAGCUGAUUACACUUGAUUUUAAAGCUGAGGACGAACAAGUCCAGAAUUCACAACGCGAGAAUGGCGUGUAUAAUUUGAAUACCGAAUCUAUAGAGAAGUUGGCUAGCUGGCCUGGAGUGGAUUAA